AUGAGAAACGGCUUCCGGCAAUGCGCCAAACUUGCCUUUGAGUGCAGCAAGAUCCGGACCGAAGCUACUUUCGAAAGUAGUCGUCGGCACAAUCGGUUACCGGAUUUUGACGAUACCAUUACGAGCCGCGAUCCGGUCAUCCGUCUUGCCGACAAGGUUACAGACACAAAGCUACGUAUCUUCAGAAUAGACUCACAAUCGAUGCAAGGUCUCCUGACACAUCUUCAGCGUGGAGCUUGGCAUCAAAAAGUUGACUCGCUUAGCGCUCCUGUCACUGCGGGGGAAAUACGCCACUGGCAUUUUCACCUCAACGUCGAGGCAGUUUCAUCUCCGACUUGGAGCCGCCAUGCCUUUCCCCACACCCUCCCUUGUUCAGAUACCUGCAUGUCCAACAACGCCGCCUCUACACUUUCUCAACGAAAGACACAGCCUUCGCGGUUGAGUGUGGGGAAGGUGAACAGACACACCGCGGCGAUCUCGGCGUCUAAGACUUCGCGUUUUCGAGCACAGAAAUUCCGCGUUCCAACCUCGGCUAUGUAA